AUGACAACUGUUGUUGUUUUUUUUCAAUACUUGUGGGAAGUAUUGAAACAUAAAUAUUUUAUUAUUGUGGCCGGUCUUCGAAUAAAUCGUUUGCUUCGUUCAACAUCAUAUCGAGUCUCGUACAAACGGCUUCUUCUUCAUGAUCUAUCUAAAUUCGAACGAGCCGAAUUUUGGCCCUAUGCGGAACAUUUUUGUGGAAAGAAAGGCGUCAACCCAAAGAAUGACGAUGCAUUUCAUGUAGCUUGGCUACAUCAUGUAGCUCAUAAUGAUCAUCACUGCGAACACUUCAUUGCAAAUUAUUCACAAAUAGCUAAACAAGUACGAAAUCAUUCAGAAUUAGCCCAACAUUUCAUAAGAGAAAUGCCUGACGAUGCUCUUCUCGAAAUGGUUGUUGAUAAUGUGGCUGCUUCUCGAUCGUAUGAAGGAUAUUGGCCUAACGGAGCGAAAAAAGACGGAUGGACAUGGAUGACCAAGUGGUAUGAAACAAUAGUUGGAGAAUAUGGUAUUCAAUUGAGUGGUGGUGAAAAGCAAAGAGUGGCAUUGGCUCGAGCUCUGGUUAAACAACCAGCUUUACUGAUAUUGGAUGAAGCAACAAGUGCACUUGACAGUACCAGUGAAAAAAUUGUUCAAGAUGCUCUUGCAAGAGCAUCCAGAGAUCGUACAACCAUCGUUAUUGCCCAUCGCUUACAAACAAUUCAAAAUGCUCAUCGUAUUUACGUGUUAGAUGAUGGAAGAGUGAUCGAGCAAGGUACACAUCAGACAUUGAUGUCACAAGAAGGAAGCACAUAUAGAGCAGCUGUGAAUGCUCAACAUAUAGCAAUGGUGGAAGACAACGACGAUGACAAAAUGAGUAUGAAACGAACUGAAGAAGAAGAAGCCGAACAAAGGACAUACAAUAAUCAGCAUAUCGAUGAAAACGAAUACACUUCUUUUGCCCUAGCUGGUUCAAAGUUAACACAACGUCUUCGUGCUAAGGCUUUCGCAUGUCUUCUUCGUCAAGAAGUGGCUUUUUUUGAUCUACCAGAAAACAGUUCUGGUGCUAUUUGUACUCGGCUCUCAUCAGAUGCAUUAGCAAUUCAGCAGCUGUGUGUUACACGAUUGGCUUUCAUCUGUGACCUUCUUGCUUUGCUUAUUUGUGGGCUUGCAUUAGGCUUUUGGCUCAGUUGGCAAUUGUUUCUAAUUGCUUAUGCUGCGAUUAUGAUUAUCUUCGUUCUCAGUUUUUUGGAAAUACGUGCCCAAACAAAACUUAAUGAUCGCGUCGGGAUCAUUCUUGAACAAGCUGGCUCGGUUUGA